AUGCCACGACUAAGAAGUUCGCAUGCCACGACCGAAGAUUCCCACAAGCUGCAGCGAAGAUUCCACAUUCAAAGCCAGAAGUCCAUCCCUGGCCCCUCCUGCCCUCUGGCCUUUGGCAGUUAGCAGCUUCUCAGCCAGCAUGAACUCUGCAGUCAUCUUAUUGCAGAUUCAUGUGCAGGAAAUCAGCUCCAACCAGGGGAUCCCCACCCAGAUGACCAACAGCAGCAGCAGCAACAACAUUCUGAUAAAAACCACGGGGGGGCCAAAGCAGAAGAUCAAGGAAUGGGAGUCUCUACACAUUUGUUCUGGAGUACAAAUGAGAGGGUGACUUAAGUGGUUUACUCUAGCCCACCCCAGGGACCACCAGUAAGCUCUCAGGGAAGUAAUAAAAUGUUGAAGGUGCAUCUCAGUCCAGCCCAGAGGGUAUGCUCUGGGGAAGCAGGCAAUGUUUCUGAGAGGGUAUAAAUCUUAGGAUUUGGAGCAGUCAGAUUUGGAGAGUGUGGACGAGGUUUUAGCCAGAAGUUAAACCUCUUCAGACACAGGCUGUCACGAGGUGGGGAAUCUUCUGUGUGCAGAGAGUGUGGGCGAAGCUUUAUCAGGAAGUCACAUCUCAACAGACAUCAGAGACAUACAGGGGAAAAGCCUUAUAUAUGUGCAGAGUGUGGGCAAGGCUUUCUAGAUAAGUCACCCCUCCACAACCACCAGAGUACAUGCUCAGAUGAGAAGCUUUAUAUAUGCAGAGAGCGUGGGCAAGCUUUUAGCUGCAAGUCACACCUCCUCAGACAUCAGAGGACACACACAAGGGAGACCUUUUGCAUGGUGUGUGGGCGAGACAUUAGUGAAAAGUCAGACUUCAUUAAGCACCAGAGGAUUCACACAGGGGAUAAGGCCAAGGCUUUAGGGUGAAAUCACCUCAUCACACAGCACAGGACACAUUCAGGUGAGGAGCCUUUUGUUUGCAGGGAGUACAGGUGGAGUUUUAGCUGCAAGAUAAUCCUAAACACACCAGAGGACACACACAGGUGAGACUUCAGUCACAAGUCAACUCUCAGCACGCAUCAGAGGGUACACUUCGGGGAAAAGCUUAUGUUUGCAGGGAAUGUGGGCAAGGCUUUAGCCAUAAAUCAGCCCUCCUCAGACACCAGAGAACACACUCAGCAAAAAGGCUUAGGUGUGCAAGGAGUGAGGGUGUGACUUUAGCAACAAGUCAGCUGUCAGCCACAUCAGAGGGCACACUCAAGGGAGAAGCCUUGAUUGUGAGGUAGGUGAAGCUUUAGCUGGACAUCACUCCUCGUUACAGAGCAGAGGACAUGCUCAGGGAGAAGCCUGACAGGGAGUAAGGGUAAGGUGGUAGCUGGAGGUGACCUUAUAUGAAACACUGGGAGUCAAAUCUCUCCACCAUCCAUCACCAGCCCACUCAAGCUCUGCAAGGGCUUCAGAAAUAGUCUUCUGACCCCUUACACACUCUGAGUAUGAAGAUGGCAGAGGUCUAGCCUCUGUUUUCAGAGGUACCAAGUGAUGGUCCUCUUGGAGAAGUGGUCUUUGCUUCUUCUUACUUCCUUCUGCAACUGUGUCCUUCUAUUGGCUUCUAUGACACUUUCCUAUUCUACUUUUGUCUCUGUCUCUAGCCUUUGAUGCAUCCUCUUCUACCCCACCUUUAGGUAUUACUCAGGGUUCAGUCUCGCCCUCCAAUCUGAGGGACUCCUUAACCAUGUCUCCUUCCUAACCCUCCAGUUCCAAAUCCAAGUCCCUUUAACCACACCCCCAGAUUCUUCAGUCUCAGGACCUAAACCUCAAAACCAUGCUAUUUGGCCCUCCAGUGACAGCAAUAAGGUUACUAGCAAUGCCCCACCAUUAGCCUUCCAAUACCAUGUUGUAGGGUUUUUAAACACAGCCCCUCCGGAGCCCUUCAAUCUCAAUGCCCCGUCUUUUAGCCACACUCUGACAUCAGUCCUCCAGGAACGGUUUUAAGGCCCUUUGAACCAAACCCACUCUCUCUUACUUUACAUUCCGAGGGCCCAUGUGGCCCAGAUUCCUGGUGGUUCACCUCACUCUCUUCUUGGUCCUAGCAUUGUAUGUCAUUGGGUAUACCCUGGAGGACUGUCUGCUCAAGCUCCAGUGUCUUUAUUUGCCACAGAGCAGGAGAGAGAUGUUUCUGUAAUCCUCCCCGCCCCCCCGCCGCCCCCCCCCCCCCCAAAAAAAAACUGGCUUGGUUUGGGGCUGGAGGAGAGAUAAAAGGGGUUGUUGGUCCAGAUGCCUCUGUCCACAGCCUCUCACCUGGCAGUGGUUUGUCUCCAAGGUUAGCCUGGUUGGGGGUAAGGGCUGGGAGCACCUGGAAUGUAGUUCCCCCCCCACCACACUUCAACUCAGGUACUACUGCCUGGUCUACCACCACAGUGCUGCCCCUUUAUCCAUGGCCUUAGCUAAAAGCCAUAGAGGGAAGUCUGUGUUUUCUCUAGGGGUUGCCGAGCAGAAAGGCCUCGCCCCCCUACCCAUCAUUCCACAUGACCUCAAAGCUGCUUCCUGACAGGGCAACAAAAAUGGAAAAAUUAACAGUCUUACACCUUGCUUUAAACAUAAUGGGGGAAAAAGAUUUAUUUUCUCUUAAAAUCCAUGCAGAAAUUGUAGAGACAGCACACAAGUCUGGCCCAGCAAGACAACUUUCAGGCCCAGAAAUCAGGGAGAGAUGCAGAGGGGACUUCUGUCCAGGUGGGCGCAGAUAGCUUUGGGUGCCUUCCAGUCAGGAAUCACUCCUUCCUCAAAAAAGGAUUGAAAUCAGGUCUAUAGUGGCCCCAUCUCUGCAAUGGUAGGCUUGAGAUGUUGUGAGAUCUUCAUAAAAAAGGAUGUGGGAAGAGACGGGUUGGGAAAAGGAGGCGAACACUCCCAGGACAAUUGGGGUUCACAGAAUUUCCUCCCAGGGAGGAAUAGCUGGAUUUCUGCUGUAGGGGCUGGUGGCUCAUUUCUGAUGGGUGACAAGGCAUCUCAGACUCAGGGCUGCAGGACCUGGUAAGUAAAACUGAGAUUAAGGCAGCCCCUGUGUUCUUGCUGGCCUUGUCCUUCAACCUCACCCCGAAAGCACUUUGUCCCUUUCAGGGUAGUUUCAUUUAGCCCUCCAAAUGCCUCGCCUCCUUUUCUUGAUCUUUGUCCCCCGGUGCAGAUUUUUCCCUUUGUUUCCCAAAUUUUCUUUUAAUGUUGAAGUGCCUGCAGGAUGGAACAGUGGGGAGGAGGGACCUCUUUGGCUUUGGGAGGGACCAGAGAAGGCACCCAAGGGGCUACUUGCUGCAUCUGCUUGUUUCCCAACUUCCGUGGGGAUGAGGAUAGAACCUUUCAACGUCAGCUCAAGUUGCUGUCACUGAUUCCCUACCUUCUGCCUCCCUUAGUAAUAGAGGCACCCCCACUACUUCACCCCACUUUUGCACAGUUUUAACAUGUCAGGGGAUCUGCAUUUAGAGCCACUUUCCCAAGGGGCUUUGUGGGAGUGGUCUCUCGACUCCAUCCCAGGGGUCCUGGUUUUCUGCAGCUGUUUUCAUCAUCAUUCCUUCCUCUCCCUUGCCUUGUUACCCCUAUUUUCCAUGUCUUAAGAGGUUGUGGAGAGCCCUUCAUACCCUGACCUCAGUAAUACCUAUUUCUAGGCCUUAAGGUGAGAGGUGGAAUUUAGGCCCCCACAACUGGCUUCUGUUAUUCAGAUGCCAGAUGCUAGGGUUUGCCUCUUCAGGAGAGGAAGAGAGGAGGAUGGCAGUGAGGCCCAGGCAUUUAUGAAUCUUAAGGGGAUCAUGGGCUCUCAGAACCUUGAGUCCCAGACUCAUGAAUCCUAAGUGGCUCCUGGAGAACUGGGGUAAAGGCAGCCUCAGAUUAGGCAUCCAGGGCUGCACAUUUGGGCAAGUGAAUCCCGCUCUUCAUCUUGACCUUGGAUGAUUCAAGGGCCCGUGUUCCUUAGGGCCAUAUAUGACCAAAAGUAAGCCUCUGGGAGAAUUUGGGGAGUGACGAAUUCAUGGGAGGGAAUUCUUGGGUAGAAGAGUGUUUGAACUUGGAGAUUCCAGUUUCAUGAGAAAGGAUUUUGUGUGGUGGAAGGCUGACAGGUGAUAAAACUUGUGAAUGUUCUAAUAGACAGUGUGAAGAGGUAUCUGUCCUUUGAAGUAUCCAAAUUUUGCUGGAUUUCUAUUUUACUCCCUGCUCUCAAGCUGAAUCUGUACUAAAGGUAUUUUUAAAUUAUGUUUUAAUGUAUUUUAUUCGAUUUUAAGCAAAACAUACAAAUGUAGAACUAGAAAACAAAUGUACUUGAUUUCAGGUUGAGACAAAUACAUACAGCCUACUUCUGUAAAUAAUCAUUUUUAAAUUUUGGAAGUUAUUCUCAUAGGAAGUAAUGGUCAUAUGGAGGGUAGAUCUGUGUCUGGGAGAUAGUAGUUGCACAACAUGCAGCAUCUGUUGCGAUUUUGUCUUCCUGCUAUCAAACUUAUCUUUGGAAGAUGAACUUCAAGAUGAAGUUCUUGAAGUCCAUUUUUCAGUCCAGGGCUCUUUCCUUUCUGUCCCACUGACCUUGUCUAUUCUCAGUUUUCCA